GCAGCCCUGGACCGGCGGCGGGCGGGCGGCUGCGAGGGUCGGCAGCAGCUGCACCAUAGAGCCCGGGAGUCCCAUUUCUGUCGCGUCCGGCGGAUUGCCGGGGGGAGUCUGUCCUGUCGGUGUGAGGGACGCUCCCGCCCGCCCGCCGAGCCGGGAGUCCCGCUCCGGGCGGCUUGCUCACGGUGACCGCGGGCUGCGAACGUCAGGGAGGAACCCGUCACCAUCGGGAGAUGCCGGCAUAUAUAGGGGAUGCAGGGGAUUCGCCAGCGCCGGCCGAUCCCAGCCGCUCCGCGGCGGGCAGCGGGCUCCGCAGCGCCAUGGCCCCCGCCCGGGCGGCGGGGCGAGCAGGUGCCGUCGCGGCGCUGGCGCUGCUGUGGCUGCUGGUCUGCGGCCCGGGGGACUCCGGCUGCCACCUUCUGACCGUGGCCGAUCUCUUCGACCGGGUGAUCCGGCACUCGGGCAGGAUCCACAGCCUCUCUACGACGCUCUACGCCGAGCUAGAAAAACACUUUCCUCCCCGUGACAACGAGCUGGGAAAGCCCGCUCGGAAGUGCCACACGUCGGGGAUGCUGACCCCCAACGGCAAAGAAUAUGCCCAAAAAAUUCCGAGAGAAGAACUAACUCACUUGAUACUGAAACUUUUGCAAGCCUGGAAAGAACCACUUUCCCACUUUAACCAGCAUAUUGAGCACCAUCAAGAGCUACCUGAUGACAGCCUUAGCAAAGCUAAGCAAAUCAGCAAUAUGGUACAUGAGCUGAAGACUGGAGUUGAGAAAGUAACAGAAAAGAUGCAGUCAAUGGGGAUCAUCAGCAACUCAUUAAAUGGAAUGGCAUCAUCUGAAGGCACUGGUUUAUCAAUUAGUAAUGAAGCAAACAUGAUGAGUGACUCUGACUUCAUCCACUGUUUCAGGAGAGACUCCAAUAAAGUACAAAGCUACUUAAAAAUUCUCAAAUGUAGGAUUAUGCCAGAAAAUAGUUGCUGAAUUGUAAUCCCUUGACAAGUAGUCUUCAGCAUGUUGCUUAUAAAGAUACAAAAAUAGAACUUAUAAAUCAUCACAUUUACAAUAAUUUUAAUGGGAAAGUGGUUUUGAAAUCCUUUGGCAGCUAUUUGACACAGUUGACCAAUGCAGAUGAAAUACUAAAUAAAGCAUUAUGUGUGUAUGUGGGUUAAUGCACCUGAUAAAAAGGAGUACUCUAGCAGUAGAUAAAUAAAUGUCCUUGUACAUUACACUGUGACAGACUAUAUUAUGGCUGAUUCACACAUUUUAGAUAUAUACAUAGAAUCAUAGAAAGGCUUGCGCUGGAAGGAACCUUAACAAUCAUUUUCUUACAAUCCCCCUGCCAUGGGCGGGGACACUUUCAACUAGAUCAGGUUGCUUAGGUCCCCAUCAAACCUGGCCUUGAACAGUUCCAGGGAUGGGGCAUCCACGACUUCUCUAGGCAACCUAUUCCAGUGCCUCAUCAUCCUCUUGAGUAAAGAACUUCUUCCUAACAUCUCAUCUAAAUCUCUCUUUUACUUUAAAACCAUUCCCCCUUGUCCUAUCACUAUUUGCCCAUGUAUAAAGCAACUCUCCCUCUUUUUUAUAAGCCCUUUUUAAGUCCUGGAAGGCCACACUGAAGUCUCCCUGAAGCCUUCUCUUCUCCAGGCUGAACAACCAUAACUCUCUCAGACUGUCUUCAUGAGGUUCUCGUGGGCCCACUUCUCAAGUUUUUCCAGGUUCUUCUGAAUGGCAUCCCAUCCUUCUGUCACGUCAACCGCAUUGCUCAGGUUGAUGUCAUUUGCAAACUCACUGAGGGUGCACUCAGUCUCACUGUCUGUGUCAUUGAUGCAUAUAUUGAAGAGCACCGGUCCCAAGACAGAGCCCUGAGGGACACCACUUGUCACUGGCCUCCCCCGAGACAUAAGAGCCAGUGACCACAACUCUGGCUGCGUCCAUCCAGCCAAUUCCUUAUCCACCAAAUAGGCCCCCCUUCAAACCCAUGUCUCUCCAAUUUGGAGAUAAGGGUGUCAUGUGGGACACCGUGGAAAGCUUUACAGAAACUGAAACGUAGUUGAAAGUGAGAUUCAAUUUGUUAAACCUUGGUACAAAUAUAUCUAUGUACUAUCAAUAAAGUAUACUUUUAUGUAA